AUGACUUACACCAAUCCUCCAGGGAACUUGUUUCGGGUUAUUGUAGCCUGUAUUUGGGCAUUUAGUUUAGGAUGCUCUGAUGGUUCUGUAGGAGUGUUGUUAAACUACAUUGAAGAACAAUAUAACAUCUCGUAUAGUGUUGCAUCCAUCUUGUGGUUGAGUAAUGCGUUGGGGUAUAUUAUUGUGGCCACGCUUGCCUCAACAAUUGAGAACAAACUUGGCAGAAAAUCUUUGGUUGUAGGCUGUCUUUCGUCGAUGCUAAUGUAUACACUUGUUUCGACUGGACUGAAAUAUCCAUUAAUCGUAAUUGGGUUCUUUUUCGGUGGAGUUGGAGUCGGCAUAUGUGUUUCUCAACUUAAUGUAUUUGUCAGUAGACUUGAAAAAUCGUCUACUGCCUUGGGCUACUUCCAUGGCAGCUAUGGGAUGGGUGCCUCUGUAUCUCCCUUGAUUGCCACAGCCUAUGUCGAAGCUGGUAUCAAAUGGAACUAUUUUUACCUCAUUUUGUUGGGAUUGAUGAUUAUAAAUUCAAUUACUUGUUACAUUGGCUUUGUUAGGGGAGAAGAGGCCUUGAAGCCCUGGUACGCUGUAGAGGAAAGUGGCGAUGAAAAUGCAGAAGACUCGACUGCCAAACAAAAUCUAAUGAAAGAAGCGCUUAAAAACCGGAUGACCUGGUUAACAUCAUUCUUCGUAUUGUUUUACCAAGGAGCUGAAGUUGCGAUUGGUGGAUGGGUUACUACCUACUUGCGCGAUUACAGAAAUAAUAAGUCUGCCUCAAUAGGUUAUGUAGCUUCUGGAUAUUGGUUUGGAGUGACUUUUGGUCGUCUUGUACUUACUAGAUUGAUUCAUAAAGUAAUUGGUGCCAGAAGAGGCAAUGUAAUUCUAGCUCUUCUAGCGAUUUUAUUCGCUAUCUUGACAUGGGCAAUACCAAGCUUACCAAUAGAAAUUCUUGCCAUAACACUUGGAGGUAUAGCAAUUGGUCCUGUUUAUCCACUAAUGAUCACAUAUGUUGUCCUGGAUGGUUUACUUCCUCGGAAAAUCCAAGUCAUAUCAAUGACAAUUACAACCGCAUUUGGUUCCUCUGGUGGAGCCAUAUUCCCAUUCUUGGUAGGAUUGGUAUCUCAAUUUGCAGGAGCUUAUAUUGUAUUUCCGAUGUUCAUCGCAAUGUUUACUUCCGUCAUAGUCCUCUGGUUGCUCAUUCCAAACACCAACAAGAGAAAAGGAUACUUGUCGAAAUUCGGCUUCUUAAAUCAAAUUUGGUAG